AGCCGCAAGAACGAGGGACAAAUUGCUCCGUUUCGCCGCAUAGCCGAGAGGAAGCAGGCGGCGGCGAGAAUCCAGUAGAACGCGAGCAGACGGCGGCGAUGGCAUGGCGGGCGAGCCUGUCUCGGAGUGUAAAGGAGAUACGCGUCCUCUUCUGCCAGUCCUCCCCCGCUAGCGCCCCCGCCCGGGAGUUCGUGAAGAAGAACUAUGGUGACAUCAAGGCCCGCAACCCCUCCCUCCCCUUCCUUGUCCGCGAGUGCUCCGGUGUCCAGCCCCAGCUCUGGGCGCGCUACGAUAUGGGUGUGGAGAGAUGCGUGAACUUGGAUGGUCUGACGGAAGCACAGAUUGAUAAGAAGCUGGAGGAACUUGCAAUGGCCGGGGAGUCUCUUAAAACCAAAUAGUUUUGGAACUCGUAUCAUGUCUUGUUUAAUGUUCCAAAAUAAUAGAUACUCCUACCAUAUUGGUGGACAAUUGCUACUCUGUCAUUAUCUGUAGUUGUGCGUGGUACGAAGCCUUCGAUUAGCUCAACUUAAUGUGUAAUAAUUACUAUUGUUUUACAUGCUAUGCAUUUUCUAGAUUACAUGAA